AUGGAUCGAGAUUGUCCGAUAGGGUUUCAUUUUAGGCCAACAGAGGAAGAAAUAAUCACCCUCCUCUGGUUAAAGGACACAAACCAGCAAAAGCAUAUAACGGAUGUUUUCCCGGAGAAGAUACUCUACGGUGCUGAUGCUUCUCCCUGGAAGCUUUUCGGAGAUGAUAAUGUUCGUUUGGAAUUAUGUGAUGACAGUGGAAAGAAGCGUACGAAAAGAAUGGCAUAUGUGUUUACUAAGCUGUCCAAGAUGAGUGCCAAUAGGACUGCAAGAACCGCUGGUUGCGGGACGUGGGAGGGACAAGCUAAGGCCCAAUACAUUCCCAACUCUAGAGGAGAGAUCAUUGGUUUGAGGAAGAUGUUGAGCUAUGUCUUGAAUUCUGGUUCGCCCCAAGGUGGUGGAUGGAUCAUGCAUGAAUAUUCACUCGCUGGUUCUUUGUUGGAUCGCAUAGGCCCUACAGAUUAUGUUGUUUGCCGAAUCACAAUAGAUGAUGAAAAAUAUAUUGAGGUGAAAAAAGUGGCAGAAGCCAAACAAGGAGUUAAUCAAUCUGGUUCCAUGAGAUGUACCGAGAAUCCUAAAGUUUUAGGCAAGAGAUCAUAG